AUGGUCAAGUCAUACCUGCGCUAUGAGCGCUCGUGUUCCUUUGGUGUGAUUGUUUCCAUCGAAGGUAAUGUGAUUUAUGAUAGUAGUGGUCGUUUUGCCAUUUCCCCAGCGCUACAGGAUGUGGCUGUGUGGAAUAUUCGUCAAGGCAAUAAAGUACGCGAUUUACUGGCACCUGAGAGCGGUGGCGGUCAAGUAACAGCGUUAGUGCUGAGCCCUGAUGGGAAUGAAGUAGCAUGCGGGUAUUCAACUGGUGUCAUACGCGUAUUUAAAUUGGCCAAUGGCGCAUUGGUUGUGACACUGGAUGGUCAUAAGGGUGCCGUUGAGGCACUAACGUACCGUACCGAUGGUGCUGAGCUGGCGUCUGGUUCACGUGAUACGGACGUGAUUGUAUGGGACUUAGUAAGUCAGACAGGACGUUUUCGACUCAAGGGACACAAGGAUGCAGUGACAGCUUUGGCUUUCUUGACUCCUAAAAUGCUAGCUUCUAGCUCCAAGGACACGCUCGUAAAAGUGUGGGAUUUGGAAACGCAACACUGCGUGCAGACAUGUGUAGGCCACAGGAAUGAGGUAUGGUCAUUGGCGAUCAACUCGAAAGGAGAUAGGUUGUUAACGGGCGCAUCAGACAACCAGUUACGCGUGUGGAGCGUGCAGCAUCAGGAUGGUGAGGAAGGAGAGACGGUGAAACUCAUGGGUUCGAUUUACAGACAGAGCAGUGACCGUGCGUCUAGUGUAGCGUACAGUCCCAAGGGAGACCUAGUGGGCGUGCAGAAUGCAGGUAAGACCGUAGAGAUUUACCGCGUGCGAUCAUUCGACGAGAUCAAGAAGAAACGCCAACGCCGCGAAAAGCGACAACGUGAAAAGGCCAAGAAAAAACAGCAAGUUGAAGGAACAAUGAACAGCAAGAAACUUGUGAUUCAUCAGGUAGCGGAAACGGAAGAAGAGGACGCAGCUGACAACUCAGCUACGGACGAACUGGAGCUGAUGUGUGUGGUGCGAUCGUCUCAUCGUAUUAAGUCGUUUGCCUUUUCUCCAGAUGCGGCGAAGGACGGAACCACGUCAUUGAUGCUUGGAUUGCAGAACAAUACCAUCGAGACGUACACAUUGUCACCAAGUGCACCAACGCUUGAGGGUAGAUAUGGAAAGUCUCACGUACUUUCGUUGAGUGGACACCGAUCGGAUGUUCGUCAGGUGGCUAUCAGUUCAGACGAUCAACUUAUCUUGUCACUGUCGGGUACGGCUGUAAAGAUCUGGAAUGCUCACUCGUUUCAGUGCAUUCGUACGUUGAGCGAUAGUCUUUCUUUGGCACUGUCGGCAGUGUUUGCACCAGGCAACAUGCACGUUGUUGUGGGUACAAAGCUUGGUCAGUUGCUUCUCUUUGACCUGAACUCAGGCGAGUGCAUCUGGAAGGAUGAGAAGGCUCACAACGGCAGCGCUGUGUGGUCCAUUGACGUGCGUCCUGAUGGGCGUGGAAUUGUUACCGGCGGUGCUGACCAGCACGUAAACUUUUGGGAUUUUGAGAUGUACCGCCCAGAAGAUGCGGAGCCGAACAGUGCGCUGCGUUUGGGCCUUUCGCAUGCUCGUAUGCUGAAAAUGUCUGAUGAUGUGCUGUGCGUUCGUUUUAGCAACACGAAAGACACUAAGAAAUUAGUAGUUGCGGUGGCUUUGCUUGACUGCACAGUCAAGGUGUUCCAUGAUGAUUCGCUGAAAUUUUUUGUAAGCUUGUAUGGCCACAAGUUGCCGGUAAUGUCGAUGGAUAUUUCUUCAGACGAUGCCAUGCUGGUGACGGCAUCCGCUGACAAGAAUGUGAAGCUGUGGGGUCUCGAUUUCGGCGAUUGUCACAAGUCGAUCUUUGCGCACCAGGACAGCAUUAUGUGCGUGCGUUUCGUGCGCAAAACGCAUUACUUCUUUACUGCAUCGAAGGACAAAUCGAUUUGUUACUGGGACGGCGAUCACUUUGAGCGGAUCCUGAAGAUUGAUCGCCAGCACUUUGGCGAAGUGUGGGGACUUGCAGUAAGCUGUGAUGGUAGUUUCGUUGUGAGUUGUUCGCAGGACCGCUCGCUAUGCAAAUACGUUCGCACGGAGGACCAAGUAUUUAUUGAGGAAGAAAAAGAGAAGGAGAUGGAGCAGCUCUUUGAGGAUGAGUUGAGUAACAGCAGCAACAACAAGGGGCCUGCUUUGGGCAAAAAGGGUGAGGAUGACGAAGAUACCAAGGACGUUUCAGCUUCCGCCGCGAAACGGACUAUCGAGUCGGUUCGUGCCGGUGAGAGUCUGAUGGAAGCCAUUGACUUGGCUGAAACCGAGCUACAAGCUAUUGCAGAAUUUGAGAGAGUACAAAAGAAGAAAAUGAAGGAGGCUGAGGUCGCCCUAAAGAAGCGCAAGCAGGAGAAAAAGAAGGCUGUUGAGGAGGCGAUGGCCAAUACUUUGCUCGGGCCUGAAGACGAGAACGAUGCUGAUAAGGAGGAAUUGAGUAAGCUUAAGACGGCAGUACGUCCGCCUAACAUGUUGCUACUGGGCUACUCGCCGCUCAAGUACGUGCUCCAUACGAUGCGUCGAAUCCGACCGCAUGACAUGGAAGAGGCACUUAUCGUGCUACCGUUCGACUAUGUGGAGCGCCUGAUCCGAUUGCUAUUGCAACUGAUUUCGAGUCAUGUGGAAUUGGAGUUCUGCUGUCGCGUUCUGCUUUUCCUGCUCAAGCUGCACAACUCGGCUAUUUGUGCGCGUGUGGGUCUUUUCACUGAGCUUGAGCUACUGUGGCAGCGAUUACGCUCGCAACUUGUGGAGAGUAAGAGUCGCAUUGGUUUUAACUUGGCUGGUCUCAAGUAUGUAAAGCGAACAAUUGACGAGGAGCAAACUGUUUUUCUUCAGGAGAUAUCUGCUGUACCCGGUCGCAAUACGAAAAAGCGCAAAGCUAAAGCGUGA